GUCCCGGAUUAUCUCCACUUGCACGUGAUAUGCUAGCGUGUCUAAUAAUGUCAAUAUAAAUUGACGUAGAACCAUCACCACGGUUCAGCAAACGAACAAAUUCAUUGAUCACACUACAGCAGAGCACUGAGCGUUCAGCCCCAGCGUGCAGAGUCCUCUGGCACUUGGGCCUUACUCGCAAAUUGAACCGUUGUUCUUAGGUAUCCGUUGCCAACGGCUGUCCCAAUCAUCACCAGCAAAAUGGCGACCAAAACAACGCCAGGCGUACAAUCAAACCAUGCGCUCCCACAGCCGUCAUAUCCAGUACGGCUACACAACAAAUCGCUGAUGAGACACGAAGAGGAUAUCCGGUGUAUCCUGUCCACGGUACUAUUUUUCGCCGUCUUUGUCAUCACUUGGCAGACCUUCACAUCGCCAUUUGCAGGCGGACUACUUUCAUUUACAGCAUGGCUCUCGCUGUUCCAACUAUCCUUUAUGGGCGCUGUAACGACACAUAACGCUAUUCACUUGCCAAUUUUUUGGAAUAAGAACUGGAACCGAUUCUACCAGUUGUGCUUGUCAUUGCAGUAUGGGGGCGCAGUAUCUAUUUUUAUACCAGGCCACAACUUGUCUCACCACAAAUAUCCCCAGCAAGCAAGAGACGUUAUGCGUACUACGAAAGUUCGAUAUAAUUGGAAUCUCUUGAACGGCCUGCUCUUUUUUUGGCACGUUGUCCUGUCGGGAAACGCAGAUGACAAGCUGUAUUUCCAAGCGCAAGCCCGUCUAAACCGACCUAUUGUGAAGCAGCGCCGACUCGAAGAGAUUGCUGUUUGGAGCGCCACAGCAGUGCUUGUUUUGCUGGAUUGGCGUCGAUGGGUCUGGUUUGCACUGCUGCCACAGUUCUACGCCAAAUACUGCAUUCUCUCGUUGAACUUUCUCCAACAUGAUGGGUGCGACAUGAGCUCCAAACAUAAUUUUGCGCGCAAUUUCACUGGCCAGGUGCUCAAUUACUUGUGCUUCAACAACGGGUAUCAUACCGUCCAUCAUCUGUACCCCGGGCUACACUGGUCUACCCUGCCACAAAAGCAUCAGGAGCUCAUCGCACCUCACAUCGCGCCGAGUCUAGAGAGCUCGAACAUACUUCUUUACAUGUGGCGAGCCUUCAUUUAUCCAGGUCUUCGGCUAGACUAUAAGAACCAUCCGCUUCUGAUCUCUAAAGAGGAAACCGAGAUGGCGGACGAACCAUGGUUCUACGAUGAGACAGAAACCUACUCGAACGAAAAGGAGUAUCUUGCCAAUGGCAUGAGAUGAUCGAGAUAGAGGAGAGCCCAGCGUUUGAGUCGGCUUUAUAAGCGCCUAGAUAGUAGCGUUUUACUGUAGCGUUUUAGUGCGGUCGACUUCAUCUGAGAGUCUCUCUAUAACUUCCACAGUGGAAUCAGUUGAGUCCUUUAUGCCGAGUCUCACCAUUGCCUGAUAUCUUGGAGGCAGUGUACAAUCUUAACUUUGUUGCUAUCUAUAAGCCAGCGUUGUCGGCAGUCUUGAAGAGCUGUUUAGGCGCGAGAAUCGAAUCUCAUCUCACCACAAGUCGUUCGCCACGGAUCUUUACAAGACCUAUAUUCUAUACAACGAUGACGCAUCCCGU